AUGCACGAUCAGAAUUAUAAUGGAAGAGGUAGCAGCAGAUCAUCAGGUCUUUAUAUGUGGGCGGAAUCAGGAAACAAGAGAGAUAAACUUUUCCAUGGGCCUUUCGUGGCAAAGCUCCUCAACGAUCUCUUUGGCAUCCAAGCUCGAGCUGGGUGCGCUUGUGCUGGACCCUACGGUCACCAUCUACUUGGCGUCGAUGAGACUCGUUCCCUAGCUUUUCGAUCUGCUAUCCAAAAGGGAUACAUUGGUGUAAGACCUGGGUGGACUACACUUAGCUUCCCUUACUACAUGUCAAAAGAAGAGUUCGAGUUCAUUCUAGCUGCAUUGGAGUUCAUUGCGGCAUAUGGUCAACGUUUCCUUCCACUGUACAGCUUCAAUUGGAAGACUGGUAACUGGACCUUUCAGUCCAAAGCUUUCAUGGAGAACAUACUUGGGGAGGAAUAUUACGCACUUGAUUCAAGAGCUGACUUUGGGAUGAAAAUUAAAAACAACAAUAUUAUUGGAUCAAGCAGCAGGCAUGGUGAUGGUGGUGGAGAUGAUGAUGAUGAUGAUCAGAGUGAGGAUCACAAGAAGAAGAAGAAGAAGAAGAAGAAGAAGAAGAAGGGCGGCAAUCAUGAAGUACUUAUUGGCAAAUAUACCAACUACUUGGAGACUGCUAAAUAUGUGGCAAGUUUCCUACCAAAGUUCCCUCCCCAGAGGAGGGUUCCAAAAGACAUAGAUACCAGCCUUGCUCAUUUCAGGGUUUAA